CGAGUCCUGUGAGAGUCCCACGGUCUAUCCCCCCACAUGGGGCCCUGGUGCCCUGGGGUCUCUGCCAGCGCCUGGGGCCAGUGGGCAGGUGUCACCCGUGCUCAGCACUGGCUUGGCCUGGCAGUGUGGGGAAACUGAGGCAUGGAGCACAGGGGCCAGCCCUGGGGGUGCUCAGGGGGUAGAUGGGGGGCCCAGGCUCCUGGGGUCUUUCCCCAGCCCCAAGGAGGCCUCACUGUUGAGGACAAGGGACUGGCCUCCAGGACUUCUGGGUUCUUUCCACGGCUCUGUCCCAGCCCCUUCCCUGUGCCUCAGUUUCCCCCAGGCAGAGCAGGGAUUUCAGAGCCUCACCCAGGCCCUGACAGACAGAUGCACAGACAGAGCCACCCCCUCCGCUGUGGGGGGGGUGGGGAAGUCCCUGGCGGUUGUCACAGCCGUGCACCAGCUUCUCUACCCAGUGUCUCCAUCGUGGCCCGAGCAAGGCCCUCGUGCAAGAGCCGUGCGCGCUGGGACGCCGCGGGGCAGUGCUCCUGCCCAGGCCACCAGGCGCGGCAGCGAUGGAGUUUAGCGCCCGCAGCCUGGUGCUGCAGGCAGAGAAGAAGGUGCUGAGCCGCAUGGCUGGCAAGGCAACAGCGACGCUGCUUCUGGACGAGGUGAGCGGGGAGGUGCUGGACGAGCUGUACCGCGUCUCCAAGCAGCACACGCAGGACCGAGCCACAGCCCAGCGCGUCAUCAAGGACCUGGUGAAAGUGGCGGUGAAGGUGGCCGUGCUCUUCCGCAACGGCUGCUUUGGCCCCACCGAGCUGGACCUUGCUGAGGAUUUCCGGCGCAAGCUGCGGCAGGGCGCCCUGACGGCCGUCAGCUUCCAGGAGGUGGAGUUCACCUUCGAGGCGGGCGUGCUGGCCGGGCUGCUGGCCGAGAGCCGCGACCUGCUGCUGCGCCUGGUAGACAAGCACCUCACGCCCAAGUCCCACGGCCGCAUCCGCCAUGUCUUUGACCACUUUGGCGAUGCCGCACUGCUCAGCCAGCUCUACAGCCCCGGGCCCUACCGCCCCCACCUCGACCGCCUCUGCCGCGGCCUCAACCAGAUGCUGGAGGAGGGGCGGCUCUGAGCCCCCCAGGCCACUCGGAGCCCAGGGGAGUUGUGCGCUUGGGGGUGGGGGCAUCAGAGAGGAGCCUGCAGAGCAGCUGGGUCCAAUCCUGGGGGCCUCCUGCAGUGCAUUCUGGGACAGCUUCUUCCACAGGACACCCAGGACCUUGUCUAACACCCUGCAGUGCAUUCUGGGGUGGCUUCCUCCAUAAAGACCCCCAGGGACUCGUCCAGCCCCUGCAGUGCAUUAUGGGACAGCCUCUGCCAUAAUAAGGACCCCCAGGGCCUGGUCCAGCCCCCUGCAGUGCAUUCAGGGACAUCUUUCCCUGUAAAGCCCCGCAGAGCCUGGUUUAUGUAGCCUCUGCAGUGCAUUAUGGGACAGGGUCUUCCAUAAAGACCCCGCGGAGCCCCGACUGUUUCAGGGGCAGAUGCCAAGGGGGCACAGACAUGACCUCCUGCUGGUAUCCAGUGCUUAGAAGCUGCCUGAGGUAAUACCACCACCCAGCUCGGAGCCAGCCCACCCGCUACCCGUGUCCAGCCCCAAGGGACCUGAGGCCACCUCCUUCCCCAGGCAGCUGGAGCCUGCCCGCAGCCUCGGGGCGGGGGCAGGGGCAGGGAUGGGCACCCUACUGGAAAUAAAGUGGCCUGGAAGGCUUGACAGAU